AUGGUCCAGCUCGAAGAACUCAUCGAAGCUGCCGCAAGCAAAUACAACUUCUCAGACAGCAACGCCCAGACCAGCGGCACGCCUUCACAGGAUGGAUCGGGCGUCCCGCUGCCGGACCUGCCGCCCGAGCGCAAGGCCACGACCGGCAAGACGGCCGACGAGCUCUGGGCCGAGCUCAACAAGUCGCCCCUCUUCAUGACGGAGCUCGAGGACAACGACGACGUCGCCGCCCUGCAGGCGCUCGCCUACGAGGGGACGCCCCUCGAGAACGCCUCGGACUUCAAGGAGCGCGGCAACGAGUGCUUCCGCGAGAAGAAGUGGUCCGACGCGCGCGAGUUCUACGACAAGGGGGUCGCCAUCCUGACGGCCGAGGAGCGGCGCCGGGCCAAGGGGGAGCCGCCCCGCGCCCGGGAGCCCGAGGACCCGCCCGGCAGCGACGACGACCCGGACGAGGUCGCGCGCCAGCGCGGCGUGCUCGAGAGCACGUACGUCAACCGCGCGGCGUGCCAGCUCGAGCUGCGCAACUUCCGCUCCUGCACGCUCGACUGCGCCGCCGCGCUCAAGCUCAACCGCCGCAACGUCAAGGCGCUGUACCGCAGCGCGCGGGCCCUGCUGGCGCUGGGCCGCGCCGACGAGGCCGCCGACGCCUGCGCGCUGGGGCUCGACGCGGAGCCCGCCAACGGCGCGCUGCUGGCGCUCGCGAGGGACGUCGAGAGGAAGGCGGCCGAGGUGCGGGAGAGGCGGCGCCGGGAGGAGGAGCGCGCGGCGCGGGAGAAGCGGCGCGCGGCUUUGCUCAAGGCGGCGCUGGCGGCGCGCGCGAUCCGCACGCGCAGGACGGAGCAGCCGCCCGAGAUGGAGGACGCGCGGGUGCGGCUCGCGCCGGACGAGGACGACCCGCGCAGCACGCUCGAGUUCCCCGCCGUGCUGCUGUACCCGGCGCACCUGCAGUCCGACUUCGUCAAGGCGUUCGGCGAGGCCGAGGCGCUCGAGGCGCACCUGUCGUACAUCCUGCCCCCGCCCUGGGACGCGCGGGGGGAAUACACGCCCGCCGGCGUGGAGUGCUACAUGGAGACGGUCGCGGGGGGGCUCGUCAAGAUGGGCAAGAAGGUGCCGCUGCUGACGGUGCUGUCGGGCGGCAAGGUCGAGGUCGUGGACGACGUGGUGCGGAUCUUCGUGCUGCCCAAGGCCCGGGCCGAGGGCUGGGUGCAGGAGUUCAAGGCUAAGAAGGCGGCGGAGAAGAAGACGUGA